AUGCGCUCCAAAUCAGUGAAGCCCUCUGCAUAUCCGGCCCUGCCAUUUCAUGGUAUCCGAGUCCUCAUCUUUCUCUCUUCUCUCGUGACCGCCAUCAUUCUCGCCGUGUUUAUCUACCAUCUCCACGCCGACGGAUACAAACUACCCUUUGCCUUCUUGAUCCUCCUUAUCGCCUCCCUUCUCUCCUUGCUAAAUGUCAUCUUCACAUCCCUCGUCAACUGCGCCUGCGGGCUCUCCACCAAACUCUCCAUCAUGCUCAACACGCUCCUCCUCCUCAUAUGGCUUCUCGCCCUCGCCCUCCUAAGCUACAACAUGGCCCACACGAUCCUCACCUCCUGUAGCACAACCUACUGGGGUAACAAGACCGGCAUCUCCAUCUGCCGCAGCUACAAAGCCCUCUUCAGCUUCACCGUGACCGGCACCGCUUCCACGCUCGCCGCGCUUUGGCUCGAUGUCAUUGUCCGCCGCCGCGCAAAUCGUCUCGGCGCCUACGACCCCAUGGGCAGUAUGGCGGCGGUCGGCGAGGAUCCAGCGGAUAUUAAAAUGGCGGAUCGCAAUUGGUCGGGUUCGGCUGUGGCGUACGAUGCUGUUCCGCCGCCGAUGUCGGGUGCGCAGGGUAGGCCGUAUGAUCAUUCAUUGGAGUAUGGGCAUGCGGGGGAUGCCGCGCAGUAUUACGAUUCGGCGCCGGCGAGAAGUCGGCGAGGAGAACCGAGGGUGAAGUUUGGUUCGGAGAACGCUGGGUACCCGGCGCAGACUCAUCAGACUGGAUAUGAUUCUGGCAUGUAUCGUUGA